UAAUAUUGCUCAUGCAUUACGUCUAUUUUUUUUUUUUUUUUGCAAUUCAAAUUAAAAACAAAACAACAUAUUAGUUUAAGGGGACUUAGGAUAAUCACAGAUUUAGUUUGGACUUUUUUGUUCUUCAUAAUUCUUAGUUGUUGUUCUGCUCCAUUCAGUAAAACAAGAGAAACAACAACAUUUUUAUCUCAACGUGAUAAAUGAACAGCUAAUUAGUCUUCUGGGGAACAAGGACUUUGAAGGAAUAUAUUGCAACAAGAAACUUUACAAAAGGUACGUAAACAUCAGUAAACAUCAGACUGUUACCUGACCUGAGAAUGGAGCUUACUGUAUUAUGUCUAGUACUGGGCUGCUUUAGUUACACAGGUGCUGUAUUACCGGAUUUGGUGGCUCCUGACAGCAACAACAUCAAGACAGAGUUUUCCCCGGACGACUCAGCAGCCGGAGCGAUGGACACCAGCAAGGACAAUCAGAACGCCACCCCACUGGUCAUCACGAACCCUCCGCCCACGACGCCCACGACAACCACCACCACCACAACAACAACCACAACCACGCCAACUACCACGCCAACCACCACGUCGACAACCACAACGACAACCACACCAACCACAACAACAACCACAACCACACCAACCACAACGCCAACCACCACUACCACCACUUCAACCACAACAAGACCAACAACGACGACAACCACUCCAACCACCACCACUAGGACCACGACGACAACAACAACGACGACAACAGAAAGGCCAUUGCCGCUAAUAAUAACACAAGCUCCAGUGUACCCCCCAAGCUUCAACAUCUACAACCCCCCCUAUCAGAAUGGUUUCUUCUUUGGACCCGGUCAGGACCCCAACUACCCCAUGCAACAGCCCAACACCUGGCACGGAAGAAGGACCAACAUUCCUUGGUGGAUGCUUCUCUUUGAAGAGAUUUAACUGAUUGCGUCAUAAGCCUCAGCAGAUGUUGAAGAUGUUGAUGUCUUCAGCAGACGUCAUACGUUGUUGCCGGAAGUACCAAACCCAUCAUCAACAAAGAACUUUUCAAAUCAGGCAACGAAUUUUUGGAGCGUGAACUUUUUGAACCAUUUCCUCCUGUGUCCAUUUCUUUCUGGGAGUGCAAUCUUUUUGUAUAGAAAGGUUUUACUCCAGAGCAGCAAGUCUUGAAUGUGUAUUAAAGAAACUAUUUGGACAACUAAGAAGAGAUACAAUGUAUCUUUGAACUCAUUGUUAGGAAUAUUGCCAAUAAAUCUUUCAUGCUUUUCUUUUGUCCAUUUUAUCUGCUAAAAUUAUUUGUUUCCUCUAAGAAAUGUCUCAAAUUUUAAAAGUUAUUUUUUAUUCAUAUUUUUCAAGCAUUGUAUUUUUAAUUUUUUUUACUUUUUAGCAAAAAUUGACUUUUGAUAUUUAUCAUGCAAUUCAAGCCAGUCCAGACUUUCUUUAACCUUUAACCUUGCACUAUUUUUACAGCCUCAUAAACGUUUGUUGUAAUGCUAAAUCUAAGAGAAUGUUGCUUUUUAAGACUAACUUGAAGCCAUCAUGACGAGAGAGCGUCCUAUACUGACCACGAUUCUAUUCUUGCCAUUCAAUUGAGCUAUUGGAAAAAGACUUUUAAUAUUUAGUUUGUCUUUUUGAAAUAGAAUUUUAGUUUUUUGUUGUUUUUUUUCGAUUAUUUUACUAAUUAGAAUGCUACUUUGAAACUAAUGAUUAAAAAAAAAAACAGCCAAGUAAAGUUUGAUUUAUAGUCUACUAAGCUUGCAGUUCCAAAGUUAUUCAUUGGUCAGUCGCGACGUCCCUUAAUGAGUCACGUGGAAAAACGAAACGAGUUUACUGGAAACUAUGAAACAUGACAUUCACCUUUUGUCCUUCAGCAUGCGAGAUAAAGUGAGUCUCCAUAGGAAUAUAGAGAAACAGAAACACAAUUCAAUUAGUGGACAUCACACUUGUGUCUGCAAUUCUGACAUUACCAUAAGACAUCUGGGUUAGGAAAUUUCGCAAUGUCAAAAUGUCGCAAACGGAAACUCAAGUUUGAACUCUCCGAUGUUUUGUGAUUACAACUAUCAACCAACUUAAAUGUUUUAUAAGAAAUAUGUGUUGCCGAAGUAUACUUUUGAAAAAAAAUGACAACAUUAAAUUCUCUCAUGUUUCUUCAUUUCAAUGUUAUCUAUUUAAAUGAUUUUGUUUAUUGAUUAAUUUGUUGUAAUUUAUUGAUACAAUUAAAUUAAAAAAAAA